AUGGCUUCAAACAAAAUUUGUGGAGAGAUACCGAAAAGCAUCAAGAACCUCCGCAACUUGGUAGAAUUAGAUUUGUCAUAUAAUAUAAAUAUAAGUGGAGAGAUACCAGAAUUCAUUGGGAAUCUAAUUCAUCUACAGGUGCUAGAUUUAUCAAGCAAUGAGAUCAGCAGUCAGAUACCAAAAAUCAUUGGGAAUCUCAUCCACCUACAGACUCUAGAUCUAUCAUAUAACAAGAUUAGUGGAAAGAUACCAGAAUUCAUUGGGAAUCUCAUCCACCUACAGUCUCUAGAUCUAUCAUAUAACAAGAUUAGUGGAGAGAUACCAGAAUUCAUUGGGAAUCUAAUUCACCUACAGGAGCUAGAUUUAUCAGGCAAUGAGAUCAGUGGAGAGAUACCAAAAAUCAUUGGGAAUCUCAUCCACCUACAGUCUCUAGAUCUAUCAUCUAACAAGAUCAGUGGAGAGAUACCAGAAUUCAUUGGGAAUCUAAUUCACCUACAGGUGCUAUAUUUAUCAGGCAAUGAGAUCAGCGGAGAGAUACCAAAAAGCAUUGGGAACAUCAUCCACCUACAGGUUCUAUGUCUGUCAUCUAACAACAUCAGUGGAGAGAUACCAGAUGCCUUUGACAAGCUUCAUAGCCUACAGAAUUUGGCAUUAUCAUCAAACCGCAUAACUGGAAAGAUACCAAGAUCUAUAGGGAAUCUAUGCAAGUUGAAUAUGCUAGAUAUAUCUGAUAACAGCAUUACUGGUGAGCUUGUAGAUAUAAUAGAAAGUUGGUCUAAGUGCACAGAAAAUAGACCGGAUGGGAGAAGAUCUCUACAAGGCUUAACAUUACUUUAUGUGGGUUACAAUAACUUGAGUGGAACAAUUCCACAAACUCUGAGUCAGCUAUCUGCACUGCAAGGGUUGGAUCUCGCUUCAAAUUCCUUUACAGGUCAUUUGACCGAAGCCCACUUUGCCAACCUUACAAGAUUAGACUACUUGGAUCUAUCUUACAACUCAUUUCAGAGGUACUAUCGAUUCGAGGCUCUUCAGGAUGAGGAGGCUGAUCGUCGGACCUUUGAGGAGGUGGUCGUGUGGAGAUUUCGAGAUGGACUGUAUAGCCUUCGACAGUCUGUCAUAGAGCACUCUAGCUCCGAGUCACCAUCGGUCUGA